AUGUCGCACCAUCCCAAUGUUCCAACCUCUGAGGAGCUACAAGAGUACUAUGGAAGUAUUCCUGCUCAUUGGUCCGGAGCCGAUCCGUCCCAAUUCGUCGGAGCCAACAACCCAUACUGCACAGAGCCUCUAGUUCCCCCAUCUAUCUUGACACCAAUCAGUCUUCCGGAUAGCAGUUUCCGCCCAAGCCCAGCACUCAGUCAUCCAGAAGACUAUCAAGACUACCAAUACACCAUCAAUGACUCUAUUCCCGGCUCCCAAGGCCUGGGAAUCACAGCCAACUUCCCUGAUGAAUUUCCCCGGACCUCAGCCCCAACAUCAAACUACCUCUUUGCCCCAGUCCCAGGUGAUCAUCAUCAUGGGAUGAUUCAAACACCCAGCCAGUCCCCGCAGGGCCCACCAUUACACAAGCGCGCCAAACGCCAAUCUUCUGGGUCAUCUUCGCGCGAACCACAUGCUCAUACACCAGUCAGCAUUCUCCCGAACCCCGAGGGCGUUAUUAGAAUGGAGCAAGAUCGACAGAACCCCCAACCAAUUAGCAUGCCCCCUAAGCCACGAGCUCCGGGGCGUGGGCGCCGGGACCCCCAGGCAGAAGAGGAAGAUGCAUUUGUGGAAAAUCUGCGCAACGAUAACGUAGCUUGGAAAAAAGUGAGGGAAGAGUUCCAAGAACGAUUCCAUAAAGAUGCGUCCGAGGCUCGCUUACAGAUGCGCCUUCUUCGCCGACAGCGAGAGCGAUUGACGCGCUGGGACUCUUCAGAUAUCAGGGAACUUGGGGCUACAAGAUCAUACUCGCCUGACCAGUGCAGAGCACAGAUUCGACUUUUAGAGACAAAACAACACCAGCGAGAUCGAAUCAGUGCUUCACCCUCUGCCUUGUCUGAUCCUGCUCCCACGACACCUAAUUUGUCUCGAAAACGGCAACGGACACACUCCUUUGCGUCGGAGUUCGACGAUGGUUUCUUCUAA